AUGUUAAGUGACGAUUAAAUAUUAUAAAUAGUGUUGACUGUCGAUAGUAUAAUACUACAUUUAUAAUUUUACCUUACAGAUGAAGUCUAAUAUUUGAUAAUGGGAUUAUCUUCAGUUGGAUUUCAUAUAAUUCUUUUUAUUGCUGAAUAAUUAUGGAACAAUACUUCAUUUAAAAUGAUUUUAAACAUACUUAAAUUAGCUUGGAUACUAUUUAUUUCUUAAUUAUUGUAUCAAUAUUGGAUGGUCCAUAUAGGAAUUCAAAUUGUGUGCAUUCUAAAAUUAAACUAGUCAAAAACUAAAUUAUUGAUACCUAUAGUAUUUACUAUGCAUUUGGUAUCAAUUACAUCAGCCAAUAUAGAUUAUUUACCUACUGGAAUAAUUAGAAAUUGUCUCUCUUAUUUUUUAUUACUUUAUCUUUUUAAGAAACCAUCCUAUAAUAUAAAUCAAGCAUAAGAUAUCAUUAAAUAAAUAACAUCUAAUAUUUAUAUAAUUUUGGAUAACAAUUUGAAUCCACUAUAUGAUGAAGAAAGAUUUGAAUAGAUAUAGAAAGAAUAAGUGAUUAUUUAAUAAGAUGAAUAAGUUGAUCAUAUUUUAACUCAUAGAGAAUCAAUAAAAAUUGGAAUUUAUCCUAAAUUUAUAGAUAAUAAAAAUACCUAUGAAUUUAAAUAAGUUUUAUCUUAAAUAAAAACAAAUAAUAAAGAAUGGUCUAAAUAAAAAUAUGAUACAUUUACAGAUUCUGUAAUAAUAAUAAAGAAACUUUAUUUGGGUAAUGAUCAUGCAUAUAAAUUUUGUAAUUGUAUAAAUAAAAAAAAAGAAUUUUACUAUCUAGUUGUCAAAAAAUAAAAAAAAAAUAAAUAAAAUUAGAAUUAAAUUGAUAUUGCUGAUGAACGCACUAAAAAAAUGAUGAAAACUUUAAGUAAAGUUUCUCAUGAUAUGAGAACACCAUUAAAUGCAAUUAUUAAUAUGUAGCUUUGUUUAAGAGAAUAAAUUGAUACACAUUUAUUCAACCGUUAUUUGAAACCAUCACUUAAUUCUUGUAGAUUGCUCUUGAAUUUGGUUAAUGAUAUUUUAGAUUAAGCUUAAUUAUAAAAUAAUAAAAUAAGAUUAGUAUUUAGAAAAUUUAAUCUAAAACGGUUAAUUGAAAAAACUAUAUCAAUUUUUGAUAUUCAAAAAGAAAAAAAAGAACUUAAAAUAAUACUUAAUUAUUGUAAUAAUUCAUAAGUUAAUUAAUUUGUUAAUAGUGAUAAAAAUAGAAUUAGAUAAGUCAUUAUGAAUUUAUUAAGUAAUGCUAUUAAAUAUUCAGAAGCUAAAAAUAAAAUUAUUAUUAAUUGUGAUUACUAAAAAAUAAAUUCAACCUUUAUUAUUUCUGUUACUGAUUCAGGUUUAGGAAUUAAACCAGAAAAUCUAUAAUAAUUAUUUUAAGAAUUUUCUAGAGUAGAUGAUCAUGCAAAUAGAGAUGUAAAUCCUAAUGGAAUAGGUUUAGGCUUAUUAAUCAGUAAUGAAUUAUCAAAAAUAUUAUCAUAUAAUAAUGAAGGAAUUUCUGUUUAAUCAGAAUAUGGAAAUGGAUCAACAUUUUCAUUUUCAAUAUUAAAUUAAAAACCUUCUGAUGAAGAUUUAUCAAUAUCUUAGUCUUCUGAAAUACCUGCUUAAGAAAUUCAGAAAUUACCUGAAUCUCAUUUUUUGAAUUCAUAAAGUUUAAGAUAAAAUUCAUAAGACUUUGCUGUAGCUAUCAGACAUAGUUCUUGUGAAAAUUGUUAAGCUAUACAAAUUUAAAGUAAUUAAGACAUUAAAAAAUAUAAUCUAAGAGUAAAUUCAUCUAAUUUAUUAUCCUCUAAUCGUUUAUUACCUUUCAAUACAGAUAAUGAAAAAUCAUAUUAAAGAAAAUCAACAACUUAAUCUAAUUUGAUUAUUGAAUAAAUAAAUAGUUGGUCAGACCCAUCACAAAAACUACCACCUAUUUUAAUUGUUGAUGAUAAUGAAUUUAACAUAAUUGUUCUUUAAUACAUAUUAGAAUAAUUAUUUUUAACUUGUGAUUCAGCCAUCUCUGGUGAAAUUGCAAUUAAAAAAUGUCGUUAAAGGAUAAAAGAUUUUAACCAAUAUAAAAUAAUCUUUUUAGAUAUUGAAAUGCCUGGUAUGGAUGGAAUGGAAACAGCAAAUCGACUCUUAGAUAUUGAUAAAACUUUAAAAAUAGUUGCCUGCACAGGAAAUAGAUAAUCACCAGAAUAAUUAGAAGUUUACAAAAAAGUAGGAAUGUUUGGAGCUAUUGAAAAACCUGUUACAAAAGCUAAUUUAAGAGAUUUAUUGUGCAAAAUAUUAGAAUAGAGAAAUGAUGCUUAAUUUUCUCAUUACUUUUGA